CAUUUUCCUUUUCCCCUUUGUCUAAACUUUUCCAUCCCUUUCCUUUUUCUUCCUUUUCAAGAAAAUUCUGUACUUUUUAAACAUCACAUCACAGUUCCAAAAGAGUGAAGAGAAAUGGCAACUGCUGCAUUUGUAGAAUUCAGUCUUGUUGUUCGUCGUCAAUCAAAUUUCCUAAAUCCUUCACACUUGCUGCAGCCUCAUACUCAUCGCUCCCUCUUAUCCCUAACCAUUCCUAAAUUAAAGUCUGCUGCUCUCUCCUUUACUCAAUCUCAAGGUUUUGGAUGUGCAAUUGAGAGACAACAGUGCAAGGAACAAGAGCGUGGGGAUUUUGUUGUAACAUCAGCUGUUCGGGAGUUGACUGGUUCCCUUACUUCUGCCCAGGGACAUCGGUUUGCUAUUGUGGUGGCACGUUUUAAUGAUCUGAUCACCAAGAAGCUUUUGGAGGGAGCUUUGAACACUUUCAAGAGCUACUCAGUUAGAGAAGAAGACAUUGAUGUUGUGUGGGUUUCUGGUAGUUUCGAAAUCGGUGUUGUCGCACAGCAACUUGCCAAGUCAAGCAAAUAUCAAUCAAUAUUGUGUAUUGGUGCUGUGAUUAGAGGUGAUACCUCCCAUUAUGAUGCCGUGGUUAAUGCUGCUACAUCUGGAGUACUUUCAGCAGGUUUAAAUUCAGGUACUCCUUGCAUAUUUGGUGUCCUGACAUGUGAUACCUUGGAACAGGCUUUCAACCGUGCUGGUGGGAAGGCUGGGAAUAAAGGUGCUGAAGCAGCAUUGACAGCCAUUGAGAUGGCAUCUUUGUUUGAGCACCAUCUGAAGCCAUUACAGUAGGGAAAAGACCACCUUUUUUGUCAGUUGUGUUCUUGGAAGAAAGUUGUGUAGUAAUUUGGCAAUUGAUGUUUUUUGAGGAACCAGAAUUGUCAAUUGCUCUAAAUUGUUUGCAGGGAUAACAUUCUUGAACCAAGUUGCAGUUGUUCCAAUGUUGUAUUUUUAAAUAAUAAUAAAGACUUGAUUCUCA